AAUAACUUAUCAUGUCACGACGCCGUUCCAGUUAAUAACUUAAUACGAUAAAUAUCCUUUAUUUUCCCAAUUCAAUCUCUGUCUCCCGCUUCGCUCCCUUCGCUCACUCUCUCUCUUCCUUUCGCCAUCAUCUGCAGCAGACUGCCAACUCCAAAUUCACAAAUGGUCGAGGAAAACAUUGAGCAACAGGAUUUAGACAAUGCACAAGAGACGGAGGAUGUGCAAGAGACUAGUAAUGUGCCUGAGGGCUUGUUUCCACCAGAAGAUGUACAGGACGAUGUAAAAGAUUAUACUAUUCUUGAGGAAAAGAAAUGGCCCGGUUGGCCUGGAGAGAAUGUGUUUAGGAUGCUAGUUCCCGCGCAAAAAGUUGGUGGUAUAAUUGGACGCAAAGGAGAAUAUAUUAAGAAAAUAUGUGAGGAAACAAAGGCGCGAAUUAAGAUUCUUGAUGGUCCUCCUGGGACCACAGAAAGAACUGUAAUGGUUUCUGCAAAGGAAGAGCCUGAUCUCCUGAUUCCACCUGCCUUGAAUGGUCUUCUGAAGAUCCAUAGACAUAUUCUUGAUGCAGGUUCAGAUGCAGCUAAUGCACCAGCUGGUGGAACAUUUUGUACGAGACUUCUUGUGGCAGCUAUGCAGGCUGGCAGUUUGAUUGGGAAGCAGGGUGCCACGAUAAAGUCAAUUCAAGAUGAUUCACAUUGUACUAUUCGAGUAAUUGGGGGAGAGAACUUGCCUGCAGUUGCCUUACCAGAUGACAGUGUAGUUGAGAUACAAGGGGAGCCUGCAGGGUUGGACAAGGCCGUCGAAAUCAUUGGUACACAUCUCAGAAAAUUUUUAGUAGAUCGAAGUGUAAUUGGAGUAUUUGAAAUGCAGACGCAAAUGCCAAGUGCUCGAGCAAACCAGAAUGUGCAUGCAUCCCAAUCUUGGGGACCUCCUCAGUCAGAUUUUUCUGUGAACCCUGGUGGACAUGGUUAUGAACCUGACUUGUCAUAUAUGGCACCUCGUCCACAUCAAUAUGAUGAUUACUAUUCACCUGCUGACAUGCCUUUUGAUAAGCAGCCUCGCUCAGGCCCACAUACUUAUGGCAGAGACAUCUCAGCGGGAGCUCAUGCAACUAAUGUGCAGCCUCAAGAAGCAAUGCUUGCGAAGGUCACACAGAACAUGCAAAUUCUACUAGCAUAUGCCGAUGCCGUAAUUGGUGUUAAUGGUGCGAAUAUCAGUUACAUACGGCGUACUAGUGGUGCAACUAUUGCAAUACAGGAAACAAGAGGAGUUCCUGGUGAGAUGACUGUUGAAAUAAAUGGCUCAGCAUCACAAGUUCAAGUAGCACAUCAGUUGAUACAGAAUUGCAUCGCUGAUGCCAUGAGCAACGCACAGAACCCAACUACUGGGGGACAACCGAUGCAAGGUUACAAUCCAUAUCCCUCUCACGGCCCAGCGUAUGGCUCUUCAGCAUCUAAUGCUGCUGGACAAACCAGUCAUGUGCAGUCUGGAGACUAUGGUUCCAUGUAUGGGGCAAGUUACGGAUACUAGAGACAAAAUUGAUUAGCUCCAAAAAAGCCAAGGUUUGAUCACAACUUAACUUGCACGUGUAGUGUUGUAUUAGAUAGUUUGCCUUGUCAUUUUAUUCGAUGUUGGUGUGACUGCAUAUUGGUCCAUAUAUUGCUAAUUGGCAGUAGUUAUUUUUGCAA